AUGUGGCACAAAGUGCAACCUGAGGUAGAGAAGAAUUCCUUCCUUCAGUUCUUCGAUAUGAUAUUUGGCUAUUCUGAGCAGGCAAAGCUGGACGGCAUUGCAGGGCAAGCUGUGACGGUGUUCGCUCUUCUUCAUCAAGUAAGCAUUGAGAUUCCUUCGCAACAGUUUGGCUGGAAAGACUUUCUCUGGUACGCCAGGGAUAUGAUGAAGGAGGCUCCAAAAGCGGCCAUAGAUGCCAUGCAGCGGCACAGUGGCAGCCUGCCACGGCUGCAAGAUGAUCCUGAUCUUCAGCAACAUCUCUUGCGUUGCGUUUCAUUACGGCAUGCCUUGGGCAUUGCUUGGAGCUUUGCCGAUCGUCCAGAAGACUUUGUCAGCAAAAUGGGCACCCAUUUCUGUAUACGCAGAGGAUGUGAGGACUUGGAAGCAGAUGAUGACUGUCAAAUCAUCCAGAACGUGCUGAUUGACGGUGAGCGUUUGUCUCAGGAGGGCUUGUUUCAGUGGCUGCAUGUCGCUUUUACACGCUAUUUGUCCAGAGACCUUGUCCAGUUGCUGGACUUGCUAGCUCCGGUGCUUUAUUCUGACAAGAUUGUGCACGCUUUGCACACCAUUCGACAGAAGACCCAGCAGCCUCUGUACGUCGACAUGAGCCGUGCAUGCGCAUUCAUCCAAAGCCAUCCGGAUCAUUGGCUGUCCUCCUGGCUACUGUCCAACAUGUGCUGCUACGUCGGACAUUCCAGAUUCGCGGGCAUCACCAACUUCAAUUGGGACAGUCUUGUUAGUGCAGCUGGUGCGGUGUUGGCUGCUCGUGACGAGGACUUACGCCUCCUAUGGGCGAUGCAGACUUUGAAGUCCUUUCAGGGCUCCAGCGGUCCAGCAAACUUCCUCGCAGCGCUCUUGCGGUUGCUUCGCCAGCCCUGGUGUGGAGCCAGCAAGGAUGCUUUGACGCAGCACUGCCGCACCGGAGAACUCAAGCAACUCCUGCAGCGUGACAUUCCAUCGCUCGCGGAGCUGCCUUUCGAGUUUUGGCAAGAAGUCCUUCACGAAGAGGAGCUCGUGUCUGCAGCCUGGGCAUCAUCAUGCGGAGCCUGGUUCGUGCAUGCCAUCGCGAUGGCAUCGCUUCGUUGCUAUCCACAGCUGUGCACCGAACACGCUAUGCAUUCCUACGAGAUGGCAGAGAAGGUGCUGACUACGAUGGACCGCUUUAUCAGCUCCUGUCCAGAUGGCCCGACAUGCAAGAGCCUCUUCGUCAUGGUUGUGCUGCUUCGGAGCAUGGCUCCGGUUCUUGCGCACUUUGACUUGGCAAAUUCAGUGGAUUUGUCAGCUCUUCCCGAGAUCUCCGCCUCAUUGAAAACGGCACUCUGCUUCCAUCGGAACUUGGUGAACGCAGGAUAUGAGGAAGACAGCCAGCCUUUCUGGUCGGAGUUGCUGCACCCGUUGGUUUCCUUCUUCGAGGGCGUAAAGCAUGUGCUGAGUCAAGACAUUGAGAGCUUGACAGUGGAGACUUCUGACCAGCUCUUUCAAUCGAGGGUGAGGUGGAUGCAGGUUCAGGAUGUGCUGCGAGACUGUCGAGGAUGGGUCGCUCCGCAGGACGUCUUUGACAGGCGCCAAUACGAGCAAGAGCACGCAGAGGUUGCCCAAUUGAGCAAGAUUUUGCAGUGGUUGGCCGAUCGGGACAUAGAGGGCUGUGCUAUGCUUCUUCAGGAAAUCGACUUGGGUGCCUCUUCUCUCACCUUGAAGAGGCUGCGAACUCAUCGCACUCGGGUGCAGAGGGAGCUCAGGCCACUACAGUCGAACCUAAAGCUGUUGCAGCAUUUCGUCGAUCGCGACUCUCAGUUCUUCCAUGCUGCAGUACUGCUGCAAGCGACAGAGCAUCCUGGGCAGACCAUGGCAGAUGCUGCCUUCUGGGUGCUUGAAACAGACCGCCUCAUCCAGGCAUUACUUCGCACGGACAUCAAGCUACAGGAUGCCAAAGUCUUCAUCGACAUGACGCAACAGGUUAACAUUCCGGACGAGCUUGCCAAAAUCACGUCGUACGAAGGCUAUGCGCACACCAGUGAGGAGCUGCCGGCAACUAUUCAGCGAGCCUUGAAGCUUCUGCAGUACUCCGUUGCGGCCCAUGUGGUGGCAGCGGUCGCCAAAGGCUUUGGUCUGGUCCCCGACGAGGACCCAGACAUCUGCUACAUUGAGCUGGAGAGCCAGAGACGUCCGAAUCGACUACUUCGCGAAGCACCCAAGGAGUAUGAGAAGCUCGAGCAGCUGUUCCGGUGCCCUGAAGGCUCUCUUCGCGAUAUUCACUUCAGCUUGAUUGCGAAGUUCCGGGAUUGUUCAGCCGUGAUCGACUUUUUCAAAGAGAUCGAGUAUGUGUCUGUCAAGGGCCAGCAUCACUUUGAGCAGAUAAAGAACAGCUUGACCAUCCAGCUUCGUGGGCAGAAUGUCGAGAGGAUGCUCCUGAAUGAGGUCCUUGAAGUCUGCAGGCUUGUCAUCCCCUUCUUGACCAGAUGCAAUUCAUUGGCAGACUUUGUGAAGAACCUUGUGGUCGGAUUGGGUGACUUGCAGCCUCGCCAUUUGGAAAUUGUAAGCCGCGUCCAUGACCAGCUUGGCCUCGUCCGGCGGUGGUUCUCCAGAGUGCAAGGCAAGUCAUGGGAGAAUGCGAUGGCAACGUCCCGUGCACUGGAUGAAACAGGGACCUUCGUGGUGCAGCUGAAUGCUCUGGAAGGGAAGCCACACACUGCCUGCGUCAACUACCUCUUUGACGGCUCCAGAUCGGUUCGAGCCAGUUCCUCCAAGGUCCGAAUGAGUGAGGCCGAGACACGUGAAUUGCUGCGACAGCUUGCAUUCCACAGCAAAGGCCGCUCAAACCAAGACGGGCAGUCAGAUUGCUACAAUGCUGCAAGGACCUGCAGCAGGAAGUUGAAGAAGGUUUUCGAGAUUCUACAGUGCCUCCAAGACUUGGAAGCAAGUGGGCAUCCUGAAUUUCAGCUCAAGGAGCUGUCUUUCUCAUUGGGCGUCUCUUUGAGCGCUCUCAGUGGCGAGGCUGAGGACUUGAAGCGGCGGCAGGAUGCGUGGAAGUCGCUCCUGCAAUCCUCUCGGGUGCAGUGUGCGCUUCUUUCUCUUUUCGACAGCCGCGAGAUGUUUGUCCUUAUCGCGCUGAGCAACCCCGGCCAUCCACAACGGAAGAGGGUGAUCGAAUCCCUGCUUGGCCAAACGGAGUGGCCGGAAGAUGAGAACAGCAAGAAGAGCUUGGAGGCAAAUCUUGCGGCCCAGUGUUUGGAAAGCCUCCUGCACAGUCUCAGAGAUCUGGCGGUGGUGCCAAAUGACUUGAUGCAAAAGUUGCAGAGUUUCUGGAACUCCAAGUCUGGCCCCACUGAAGCGCAGCCCCUGGAGCAGGCCAUGAAGCAGCUGCAGAAGACUUUGGAUGUGCUCGGGAUUCAGGCGGCCAAGCGGGCCCUUGGAGGUGUCAGUCAGGGCCACUACCAAGCUGCCAUGAGUUUGCCAGCAGAUUGCUGGAGGUCGGAGAUUAGCCUGUUGGCACGAGCUGGCGCAAAGUCAGACAGGUGCAUUUUGCGAUGCCAUCCGUUGCUCCAACUACACGGUCUCGAAGAUUUCUUCCAACGAGUGGAGCUUGUGUCUGGGGGCACCUUCGUCGUCCUUGGUGUCAACAGCCUGCCGUUGCCUCUGCAGAAACGAGUUCAAGAGAUCCAAUGUCAGCUUCACGACAAGGAGAAAGCGCACGCCCGGGUCUUCUAUACCUACACAGGGAUCCAGGUCCCCCCGCAGCCCGAUUUCAUUCAGGAAAUGACAAUACAGCUUCUAGACGAUGAUGAGUUGCGGUCAGCAUUUGGCACGCGAAAAGACAGCAUCACUGUGGUUUACGGUCCUGCUGGUUCUGGGAAGACGGACAUGCUGCACAACAUGCUGGGGAGCGACGCGCCGCUCCUGAGCAUCACCGCCCAUUUCGACGAGAAGCGUGCCCAAGUGACCAUGAACAGGUUGGUUGCGGAUGACCGGGGUGUGGGCCUCAAGAUUUCUGAAGAUGCCAACCACCUCUACGUCAACCGCCUUCUUUUUGACCUGCUCCUUUGCCGAACCUGGCGGUUGUCAUCCAACGGAUCUGUUUUUGCAGCUGGCCCGAGCAAGCGGCUGACCUGGUGCAUCGAAGUUCCGGAUCUGACUUCAGAUGGUCACGGGACCGAGGAUACCUCUGCAGCAGCUUCGACAUUGCACAUUUUCCCAGUGCUGAACCUAUGCCAUGCAGAGCUCAAGAUGAUCUGUGACAAUACGCAUCAGCUGCGCAUCGGCACUGCUGAGCACUUCGUGGCCAAGUUCUUGCAGGCAGGCCUUCUGCCUCGGCAGGGAGGACAGCGAGCAAUCGACAAACUGGGUUUCAACACGCCCGUACGCCACCCGGAAGUCGUGGAUGACUUCGUGUGUCGUCAGUUAAUCUACGAUGCUUUCAGGACAAGCUGCAGCCAAACUCCGAACAAGCGCAACAUCAAGAGCUUUGUGUGCUACUUGGAACGACGCUUCCGCUUCUUCGAAAGUGACUUCUAUGUAUACAACACCCAGUAUUCUGGAUUGGGCAGUGCUGUGUUCGAUCAAAUGAUACGGGAGGCUGCAAUGCUGACGGCGACGGGCUUGGGGGUUGGUGCUUCCCAUACGCCCAAGUCAAUGCUAGUGUACGACAGCGGCUGGGCCCUUUACCUUUUCGAAGGGCGUGGUGAAGAAGUUCCACGAGAUCUUGUAAAAUACGUCGCGGACGGUCGACACUACCUACAACAGCCCGGGCGCGAUAUGUGUGACAAUGGAGCCGCCAUGCUGGCAUGGACGUUGGACUUGCAAGAAUGGGAGGUGAAAUCUGCCUGUGACCAGCUUGGCUUCGUUCUGGUCGAGGACUUCACUUUCCGACUCCUCUGCAUUCACGAACGGCGUCUCGCUGGUGAACCGGUGAUCAUUGAAGGCCUUACAGGCGUGGGCAAGACAUUUCCGAUUAAGGUCUAUGCACACUUGUUGAAUUACAAGCUGCUCAAGAAGGACAGUGACUUUGACGAAGCACCGAGAACUACAUGGCGAGUGAAGACGUGGCUGCGAGAAUCCAUAUUGCCACGUAUAGGGGACCAGCAGAAGCGACAGGAGCUCGACAAAAGGCUUCUGGAGUCGUCAUGGACUGACACGGCUCUUCUGGAGCUGUUUGCGAAGCUACAGGAGGACCUGGACGAGCUGCAACGCCAGGACGCUGCGGAAUUGCUGGCUCCUCCAGAAUCCUUGGCGGAAGAGCUUUGGGAGAAAGUCGCCGAGUGGUUGGGCCGAUGCCCUCUUUUGGAGGCCUCGCCCAGGCUUUGCGAGUACCUGGAAGAGAUGUCACCAACUCCCGGGAAUGCCAGAGAGCUGCUGAGCCAAUUUCUUCAAUGCCCCGUGGCAAGCGUUUUCCACCGACUUCUGCUUCAUCCUGAUCUGAACGUUCCUGCCUUGGAGGAGUUUCUUCGGCCGAUUCUUGGCCUUGCCAGGCGAGUCCCCAGCGUGCAGCAGGUCGUGCUUUUCGAUGAACUGAACACCUCGGAGAUCCUUGGAAUUUUGAACGAGAUCAUUGUGGAUCACACCUUCCAGGGCGUGGCGCUGCCGGACAACAUCUUUUUCUUGGGGUGUAUGAACCCCCACACUCCUCGCAACUCGCCCGCCGAUGAGGGCUUGGGAGACCAUACCUUGGCUCACCGCGAGGAGUACUUCGUCCAUAAGCUACCGACCUCAAUGAUGGCCCACCGCUGGCAGUUUCCUCCGCUCGAAAGAACAGAGCUCCAGGAGUUCAUUAAGCAGAAGAUCAAGCUCCAGUUCAGGGGAUGCUCCUUCCUGGGUGAGCACUUGGAGAAUCAGUUUGCACUCCUGAUGUGCAAAUCCCAAGAGCUCUUCCUGCAGAAAGUAGGUCAGAGCUCAGUGAGCCAGCGCGAUCUUCAACGAUGCUUGAUUGUGCUGGAGUACUUCCAGCGUCAUUGGCCCGGCUCUGAACGGCCAAAUGACAGAGUCAUGAGGUGCAUUCUCUUGUCGCUUGCCGUUGUGUACUACUUUCGGCUUUCUGAUGGGUGCAACUACGGAACGGGUGACGAAGCAGUCACAGGGCACGACCUGAAGCAAGAGCUCUGCGAAUUGGUCCAGCAAGUCGUGGGCAUGAACUUUCAAGAAGAGGUGACUUCUGGAGUGGACUGCUACAUCUCUGAGCAGAACUUUCUUUUGCCGGAGGGAGUCGCACUGAAUCGUGACCUAAAGGAGAACCUCUUUGCCAUGCUGAUUACAACCCAGACAAAGCUCGCCAGCUGCAUUCUGGGCUCCCCUGGGCGGGGCAAGACUUUGGCCUUCGAGGUCCUUGUGCAAAAUCUGCGUGGUGCACAGUCGCCAAAGGAGUUUUGCAAACGCUUCAGGGCCGUCGACCCUUUCUUCUAUCAAUGCUCACCGGACAGCAAGGCUGCAGAAAUCGAAGACAUACUCAGUGGAGCGACACGACGGGAGCAGAUGUACGAACAACAUGGUGGGAAGGAACGUUGCGUGCCUUUCUUUGAUGAGGCACAGCUACCCCAGGAGUGCCGCAUGGUCAUGAAGCCUCUCCAUGAUGUGUUGGAUGAGCGGCAGGUGGCGACAAUCAUCGUUUCUGGCAGCCCCCUAGAUGCUGCCAACAUGAACCGAAUGUCAAUUUUCAUCCGCCACAUGCAGACACUGGAGGACUUCAUGGAGAUCGGAUUGGGGGUGCUGGGCAAGUCGGGGAUAGGCCGGCUGCCUGAACGCACUCACUCAAUCCUGCGUGGCUUGGCGCGCGCAUUUGCCGACAUUCUCGCUGAUCCUCGUUUCCGUGGGGUCUUCUCCCAGCGUCACUUCAUUUCACUGCUCCGCAAUUUGAGAUUGCACUGCGUCGUGAAAAGAAAGCUCUUGACUCCCGAGCACAUCUGCCGGGCCGUGGAGGAGAAUUUCCAAGCUCCAGAUGUGAGCAUCUUGGCAGUGAUGCAGAUCUUUUGCCAGGCAAUUGCCCGAGAAUUUCCAGCCAACAGCUCUGAGUUCGCAAGCGCCGGGGGCCUUGAAUCUCUUCGUGGAUGCUUGGACUUGGCUCGGGCCUGCAUCUUCGGAGAGCGUGAGCAGUGCCUCACAAAAGGCAGCCCACACCUUGCGCCGCGCUUCUGCAUCGUGCUCGAUGACAUGAGGGACGACAGUGCUUGCCGAAUACUCGUCCAGGAAGACGUCUUGCCUGAGGAGAUUGAAGUCAUCGAUGUUCAGGACUACUCCAACGAAGCCGACGACUUCAGCUGCUCGGAAUGUGUGUCCCAAAUGACCCUCUGCAUGGAGUCGGGCAAGCCGGUCUUGCUGCGCAACUGCAGCUCGGGCAAAUUACUAUGCAGUUUCUACAACCUCUUGAACCAGAACUAUCGAGUGACGGAGUCCGCCGAGGGCCAGCAGAUCCUGUACAUCAUGAUUGCACAUGGGCCUAGGGUGCACUACUGCCGUGUUCACCCCAGCUUCCUCUUGGUCUUGCAGAUGCGAAAGGAAGACUUCCUGAAUCAGCCUGCGGCUCUCAGAUCUCGCUUCUCCGUGGUGUCCCUUCCUUUAGAGCAGGUCCUCCACGAACGCUUGGGCCGGGCUCUUGCUCGGGACGUCCAGCGGAAGGCGGUGAGAACAGCGCUAGACACCAUCCUGGAGCUUGUGUCAAAGCUCGGGGCCAGGUCUUUCGCAGGCUUGGUCGAGCAGACUGUGGACUCGCUGCUGCUCUCAAUGAUCUCCGGCUUGCAGAGCAGCAAGAGGUGUCUCCAUGAAUUUGCAACUUUGUGCAGCGAAGGCCUAGAGCUCAACGCCAGCACGGCUGUACAAGUCAUGGCAGUACGGCUGCUGCAGCUGCUGCCUCCGGAGCAGAUGGUGAACCAUACCAGCAAGCUGGGGAACGCAGACUUCUACCGCAGCGCUUACUUCCUCCAUCAAAGCCACUUUUCACUUGUCAGUCUGCUCGCGACAGCGCGCACCAAUGCCGGAUCCUCCCUCCCGAAAUUGGUGUUGUACACUCGCAGUUCAGCUGAGAUUAGAAUCCUGCUGCAGCAAAGCUGUGGAAGGAACACGCUCUGGGAAUCUGAAGGCUGUGAGAGUGUAAGUGUCAUCGAUGCCAGUGAGGUGAGCACCACUGCUUCUCUCGAAGUAAAGCUCCAGGGAAGCUGUGCAGAAGCCUGCUCAGCACGUACUGUUCUUCUCGUGGUGGACAUGGAGCACUCUAGCAAUGAGCGUGUCUCCUGCCUACGCACAGUAGUGGAUCGCAAGGCCAGGGAGAACCCUUCGACCCUGUUUGCAGUCCUAUUACACUAUGCGCCGGAGCAAGUCAUCGCCGGGAGCCUGUAUCCCUGUUUGUUCCUUGACGGAUGGGACUUUUUCUUCAUCGACUCCCUCGGCCACUGUGCCGCUUUCGACGAGGAGUGCCUCAUCAAGGAAGUCAUGGCGGCUUCCGGCAGAGACGUUUCCCAGCGCAAGCUGCGCAUCUUCAGCGAGGCGCAGAGCCAAGAGAAGUACGUGAUGGAUUUCUGCAGGAGGGUCCGCACAGUUCCAAGCCGAUCUUUCAGGCCUCGAGCACCAGAGCCCAGACCCGAAAGCUCGUCUUCAGCUUUCAGCUUCAGCAGCUUUGCAGCGACGGUCGGCAGGGGCAUGGGCUACCUUUUCAACCAGAUUCGGACUGGAUCUUCAGAUGAGCAGAUGGUGCAGCGCUUCUAUGUACCGGAGGCCACGGUGCAAGAAAGGGCCAGUGCUGUGACCCUUGUGCUCCACAAGCAUCCCCAAAUCUGGCAGCACCUCCUCACCACCUUCCACGACUGUUUGGCUGAACCCACCUUACACGGCCAACUUGUUCAUCUGGCCCAGCAGGUCCGUGAUGGGCAACGUCUCAUGUCAUUUACCGAUGCAUUGAGGUUGCAGCUGCAUGGAGAAUUUCGGCAGCAUGCCACAAGCUACCUGAGAGCACUCUGCGCAAAUGGUGGCCUUCGCACUUUGCUAGCAGAUGACCAUGGGGUGGCAACUUCUUUGCUCCCGUUCCUGCCCGUCUGCUCCCAGACCGGCAUGGCUUUGGAGAAGGUCGUCGACAUCCCUUCCGGAUUGCAGUCAUAUGCAGCGUCUCCUUUGUUUCAGUAUUUGCACAUGAGCCUGGAACAGAUGCUGCUGCAUGCAGUCCGCCGCAUUCAACCUGAUCAGUGCGAUGACCCAGCUCUUGUUUCCAAGUUGGCCGAGCUCGCAAGAGACGACAGGCGCAUCCAGGACCUGUGCCAUUCAGCUCAAGAUGGGCUGGUCAGGGAAUAUGCCGUAUUUCUGUUGGAGAAGAGCUGUGGCGUCCUAGCUGUGCCCAGUCAGAUGCUGAGUCUUCAGCUAAUGUGGCUUUUCGCACCCUUGCCAGCAGAAUCGGACAUCGUGCACCAACUGUCAUGUCUCUGCGCCAGCCAUCAUGCACAUUCCCGGAGACUUGGUAAUUUGUCGACGGUUCUACAACUGUGCAGCGAAUGCCCCCUCGGACAAGAAGCAGUUGCCACCAUGGCGAAGGAGGCCGGUGGAGCAAAGGGAGUGGGUCCUCGAUUUGGAUGCAGUGCCAGUGGGGAGCCACAAGAAGCUGAGCAGUCAGCCUAUGAGCUGGAGGAAUGGCGGGAGCGUGUGGAAGAACAAGCAACGCAAUGCUUGUGCAACUUGCUUUGGACGGAGCUGUCGCGAAUCAGUCAGCAAGCGAUCGGUGACAGUGAUGCUGUUAAGGUAUGGACUCGGCUUUAUGCCCUUGCAGAGCCGCACUUGCUCUCGGCACGCAUGCUAAGGAGAGGUCAAGGAGGUGGGCAGCUCCAGGUGAUGUCGCUCUUUGUGUUUCUCUUGGGCAGCGACGCUUCAUCCAGCAUUCCGCUGGCAUGCCUUUGCGAGUUGAAAGACGCCGGUGCCGAACGGGACUUUACGUCGGUCCUCACAGCUCUCAACGAUGUGUCGCUGGAAGAAAUCCAACUCGCAAGCGUUGCCAGGAGCUUGGUCGUGAAGAUACUGUACCAUCAAGGUGCAGACUUCAAGGGCAAGCUGGCUCCUGGAAGGCAAGAGGACAUGCUUGCAAGCUUCUGGAAUGGAUGGCCAAGAGGGCGAGUCCUUCUCUCGGACGAGCUUGCAAUCCUCACAAUCUCGAAGCUUGGCCUGGACCGAAUUGCAGAAGACUUGGCCUGCACGGAGCGUCGAUACCUGCCGCCCUACGUUGCCCAAAUCCGAGACGACUCUUGCAGGUUGGCAGAUCUUUGUUUCGCUUGGAGAUGCAACACCUUGUCCGCAGCGAACGGACGGCCGGGACUGCUCACGGCAUUUAGCUCACGACAGAGACUCUUCAGUCGUGAUCCGAGAGUCGUCGAUUCAAUUGAACUUGCAGCUUGGGAGUUUGUAUUCACCAAGCAGUUGGGACGACUCUUGAGCGAAGACGACCUCCAAGUGGACGAUUUACUUCGUCAAGAUGCUGAGCUUCUGCGUGAAGCCUCGCAACUUUUUUUGGCGGCUCACGGUCCGGUUUUUCUGAAGGAGGUGUACUUCCAGCGCGGUUGGCAAUACCUUCAGGAGCUGUUGCAGCGGGAGGAUGUGAGAACUGCCAUCCCAGCCGUGCCGGAAAUCUUGCGUCUUCUGUCCCAAAAUGAUUGUCAUGCCCAGAAUACUACAAGCCGUUUCAGCCGCUUAGCAUCUUGCAGACUGGCCUUGCCGACUUUUCUGUUCCUCCCAUCGGAUUCAUGGAGCACUGCUGAGGCAGAUUAUCGAUCCUUGUCGAGCUCCUUGCAAGAUGCGUUGGCCCAAUCUGAUGAAGACUUGAUGUUCAAGGCUUGUGUUAGUCUUCGUGAUGCACGGGGCCCGGGACAUGUCAAGACCAUGUUGAUCCUGGUGGUCUAUCACGGCUACUAUACGUUGGAGGCCAACGCGAGUCUGCACAUGAUGUUGGAGUGGCUACCCAAGUUGGCGCAAGCAUUGAACAUCUCAGACGAGGAGCGCCACAUCUUCGCUUGCUUGAUUGAUCCGGCGGGGUGCCAGCCUGGCUACGGCUUGCAGAACUCUGUUGCUCAGAUGUUCCAGCUGGACUGCAACGACCAGCUGCAGGUGCAGAUUCGACACUGCCUUGUCAACGGCCUUGCUUGCUGCCUGUCGAUGCAUGGUGACAAAAGGUAUCACUUCUGGCAGCAUGUUGUCGACCCUGGAUCUUUGCACGGCACGUACGGGUUUGGCAGCACCUCAAACAGAGCGAUCGGAAGCAUCCACUAUGACUGUGGAUGUGUUUUCGAGUUUGAUGGGAAGCUGCGGAGAAUGGAGGCCAAUCCCCACUGGCCGGCUCCAGCGGCAGUAGCCAGCUACUUCCAAAGUUACGGAGCCUUUUGCCUCAGUUUCGCCUUUUUUCCAGAUGUUGCCGUCAGCUUGUUUGACCGGGUCUUGACCCCUUCAUCCAUCCACUCGCUGCGUGAGACAUACCUGAAUGCACACGGUGAAAGCCAAUCGGACCGGACAGCGAACUUCUGCUUCCAGCGUACAGCCACGUCUUGGCAAUUCCUUCAAGCUCAUCUGCAGCUUGCGGGAGAGCAAGUGCAGGUCCUGAUGAAUCGGAUGUUCGAGCGCAUCGCGGCCGAGUGCUUCCAGUCAGAUUGUGUUUUCAAAAGCCUUUAUGCCGAUGCUGGAACCCAGACGGCUGCUGAAACGGUCUUUCGUGACAUCCUUUCUGACGAGCUACGCUUACUGCCGGAGCGGAUGGACUGCUUACAGCAGAGCAACCUCUCGGAAGUCAUGCGGUCUGUGCCCCGCAGGGCAACGUUCUCCGACUUUGAGUUGGCACUUUCCGAAGUGGCUGACUUCGAUGUCGAGGCCCGGCUUCUUCUUCGAUUCUGUGACGCCCGCGAUGAUCUGGGUCUGAUGUCUUUGGUGCCACCAAUGAUGCGAUUUUACGUUUGGCUCCAUGCCGACUUCGGUGACUUCAUCUGCAGAAAAGGUUGGUCCUGCGAGGACCUUGGCAGUCUGUGCGUGCGCCAGGCGCUGCAGGAGUACUACUCCCACCGAGAAAGGCCCGUCGGUCAGCCACACGGAGACCGCCUCUGCGGCGAAGCCUUACAAGCCUGCCGCAGCUUCCACAAGGCCACGAAUGGCAUUCUGCCUGUAGGUGGCUGCGAUGAGCCUGCACGACUGCCAGUCCUCAACCUGGAGACACCGGUGCUGGACGUGUUGUCCCUGCACGGAACGCACGAUGGUCACGACUUCCUGUUUCGUAUCAUGGAGUACCUGUUGAAGAGAAGGCAAGCAUACCUGGAUGCAGUGGAGAUUAUCUGCCAAGAGCCCGAGGCACCUCCGGUCCUACAGCAAGCCCUGAGCUUGCAAGGAACUGCAACUCUCCAAGCGGUGGUAGCCACCUCUCUGCUGGACCUGGAGUGCUCCAUGGGUGUCGACAGAUUUGAUGACCUUGCAGUAGCCGCAUGUCUGGAUCCUCUGUGUGAGGACAAGUCAUCUUUUGACACCAAUUUGCUCACGCGCCAUGUUCUGCAGGCUACAUGGACAGGGAAAAGUCGGCUGGACUUAGGUAGCAUCCACAACGGUCUACGACUCAAAAGCCAGAAGACCGAUGCCCAAAAGGCUCAGGAUCCAUUGGAAUCGCUGGCUGACAGAUUCAAGCAGCCUCCGCCCUGUGACCAAGUGGUCCAGUCCUUGGACGGAUGCCUGCGAAGUUGCAGGCAUGCAGAUCUGUUGGGAAGUGAGCAGGCAUUCGAGAGGGCUGCCCUGCUCCUAGACGACGCGGAUAACCUGGAGAGCGACGAUCUUCUGCAAGCUCUGGAGUCAAUGGGGAUCCAGCUGCCACGGGCGCUUGUGGAAGCCUUGCAAAACACGACGCGUCCUGGAGCCAGUUCAUCAAGGUCCUCGAGUUCCACUACCUCUACUUCUGUGCGAGGUGUGUGGAAGAUGAAGCACCUGGCCGUGGUGUGGAAAAUGGUCCGCUCCAAACUCAACAUUCGCGACUUUGCCUUCGUUCAGGUGCCAGACGCACUACGACGCUCCAGAAUUGAAGAUACGACAUCGGACGAGAUUGCGCAGAGAAUGGAGUUGCUUUGCCCAGCUGUUCAAGACAUCGACCUGUCCCUGUCAGCGUUGCUAAGCCUCAUGGGAAGGAUUGUUGAUUUCAAGGAGCGCCCCAUUCACCAAGUGGCGGAAGAUGCUGCUUGCGAUGUGCCUUUGCUGCUGGCUCUGCCAGACUCCCUCGUAGGCUACCAUUAUCGAGCUUUGUGUCUGCAGUUGUGGGAAGCACGCGAGAGACUAUCGCAGCUGGGCGAAGCAGCCGAUAUUGGCGACAUGCCAUCCGUCAGCACCCUUUGGUGGGAAGGCCCUAUGGAAUCAGUCCAGCCGUUCUCGGAGCAUGAUCAUGCACCAUUGGACCGUGCUGAUGCUGCGAGCUCCCAGUAUGACGACGAACAUGCUGGAGACACUCCAAUGCUUGAGGAGGUCGAGGUGGAACAGGGUGGCAUUGCGGAGUACCAGCCCGCUGGUGCAACCUCGAGUUCCCGGGCGCAAGCUCACAACAACAUGUUCACUUGGUGCGAAGAGGAUGAUCAAGCCCUCGAUCACUCAGAGCAAGAACAGGCUGCCACUGUCAUUGCUAGAAAUGUGCGCUCCUGGCUUCUGCUGCGGCAGCAGUGUCAAGAGCUACGAGUCUUGGAAACCAAAGCUGCCACGAAGCUGCAGCAAUUUUGGCGGAAGCUCAAGCUGAACCUGGAGGAGGAAGCAAACAAGCUUCGUCAUCGUGCUGCCGCAGUCGUUCAGUAUGGCUGGAGGCAUAGGGCCGAGCGACUUCACACAACGAAGCUUCGUCUGCGUGCCGCCUCAGUCAUUCAGCGUCGCUGGAGGCUUCGGGCUCAGCGACUUCAUUGCCAAGAAAGUACCGCUAAGUUGAUGCUUUUAAAGCGUGCGUUCCAGCACUGGCACACAUUUGGGCAACGUGUUUGUCCUCUACGGAUGGAGCCUUCAGGAGGUGCGCGCGAGUUGAGAUGGUCGCCUGUGCCUGCUGAAUUUCUUGUGGAGAUGGUGAGCACGGCCGCCGUUCGGCAGCCCGACACGAGCGGGAGACUGGCGAUGAAGUGGAACGUGAGGUAUGAUGGCCACUCUGCACCACACGGAAGAGAGGGUGGCCUGAAGAGUCUUCAGGGGAAGCCUGCGAAACUGUUGCCUCUUGCAAUCAGGAAGUUCAACUUGCGGCAGGAGGAGGAGGAUGGUUUCUUCUUGGUCUCCAGCGACCAGGAGGUGGAAGCCCGGGAUGCUCCGCAGCACACAGACUUGAGGCUGGUGCAAGCUGACGAGGUGGUUGGUGUCGAGGUUUUGGCAGCGAACACGGAGGAGAUCACAUGGACGAAGAGGAUGUGCAAGGACGCCACCUUGCUGCAAGUGGCAGCACUUCUGCAACGGGAUGGCCAGAUGAAUCCUCCAUUCGUUUUUGCUGAUCUCGAGACCAUGCAGCUUUUACCGGCAUCGCAGCUGCUUUCCGAUCGGCUCCAGCAAGGUCGCGGACUUCACGUGCAGUUGUAUACCCUGAGUUCUACGCACUGUUGGGCGCUGUUCAGUGAAGGGCGGGUUCGCUGUUUCGCGACUGGGGCGAACCCACAGCAGAUUGCACUCGGUGCGAGCAACGGUGGCGAUGCUGAGGGUGAGUUGGUCAUGUGGAGCUCUGCAGGCUUGAUUGAAAGUACGGAGCCCUUGACAGUGGAGUCUGUGGCCUUGCAGCUUACCCUUCAGCCACGCUCGGACCUCUACCAGUUGGAGUUGAAGGUGUACGACAAGCCGCCGGUUCACUUGGCCUGCAUGCGCAGCCGAGGAAUCCAGGGUGUGUUGCAGCAGCUCGUGCAUCUCCCGCAGCUAGGGCUUCCUCGCUGCCCUGAAGAGUUAGCCUUGGUGGUCCGCACGGAGGGAGAGGUGCACAAGGUUGACAGCUGGGAGAAGCUCCUUCACUUGCAGCGCGGGGCAAACCAGAUUUCGGCGGAGGUUCUGGUCCAGGCGACCGUCCGAAGCAUGGAUGGAAGCUUCUUGGAAACAUUGCUGGUAGAUGCGCAGCUGACGGCGCAAGACGUGUUGAAGAUGUCCUCCGCCUUCGGGCAAGCCCUGGCCGACGGGGGCUUUAGCGUCCUUCCGCAGGAGACCCCAUUGUUCACUCACGGAAGACGGAUUGGGCAGCUGCAUCUCACUGUCGAGCAAAGUGUUCAAGUUACAUUUCAUGCCGAGCUUGGAGCGGAUCAAGCCCUUCAUCUGCGACUGGCUUCGCAAGCAAAGUUGGGACACGUUAUGGCUGAGCUUGAGGAGUUGAUGCGAUGUGAUGGUGCAGAGGUCUUUGCCCUUACAUCGGAUGCGCAGGGGAAGCUACUGUCGAGUUUGUUGUCGUCCUCUGUGGUUCUUCUUUGGGACAGCCGUGGAGCGUGCUGUCAGUUAGUUGAACAAGAGGCUGCAAGAAGUGUGCCGAUCCUGGACCUGCUCGACUCCGAGCCGUUUCUCAUGGAGAGCCAGGCUCAGGGCCCUCAGGGCGCUGGAGAGCACAUCAAGCUAAGACUCGCUCAGCGGAGUUCUUGUGCAGUGAUCAGUGUGAGCGAUGAAGGGCCGGAUCAGUUGAGGCAGUCCUUCUGGGUGACGCGAAGCAGCAGCAUCGAAGCCUUGCGGCAACAGCUACUUGUGCUGCUGCACAAGACCGGGGUCGGAGAAUUGAUUGACGUUGAUGGCACGCACAUAGAUCCUACAGACCCCUUGGACGAGCAAUACGAGAUCGUGGCGCAAGAUCUCGAAUCCCCCAAGGUGGUGUGCUCCCUGAGGUUUGAGGCCUGUCAAAAUCCAGUGGCAUUGAUGCUGCGUGUGAAGACGUCAAGUCCAGAGGAUGACGAGGAGCACAAACGAACGCUUCGACUCACGAGCGAGGACACAAUCGAUUGCUUGGUCCGUGCGACGCGUUGGGUGCUGGAUUGUGGUCCAGUCUUGGCUGUGACGGAGCUGCAAGCGGCGGAUGUGAUCUGGGACGACAGCGCGGAGGCCCUGCGCGAGACGCAGCUCCAGGAGUUGGUCCAAGAGGACGGAGAGAUCUUGCUGAGGCUGCGACUUGCAGGCCAAAGCGAUGUGGAGGAGGUGCUGCAAUUCACCCCCGUGUCCCUGGCUGAAUCUUCCAUGAGGCCACUUCAGGAGAAGGCCCUGGGCUCUGGACGGGCCACGGCCACGCAUGGAGCCAACAGCGUGUUCUCCUGGGCGACCGAGGACUGCAUGAGCACAUUCUCGGAUGGGCGCCUCAGCGCAUGUAGACCAGGAGGAGGCUGA